AAGAAAAAAAUAAAACAAAGAAGAAAGUGCCACUGACAUUGAGACAUAACUGGAAGAAAAACAAAACAGAGAAGAAAAUGGACUCGAUAGAGUUAGACGAAGCCAUUACAGUAAUAGAUUCAUGUUUAUCACAAAUCAAAUGGCGCCUCAAAUCUUCUUCAAAACAUCGAUUACAAUUAGAUAUCAUUGCCCUAAUCACAAGAAUGAGACCAGUAAUAAUGAUCGAUUAUGGUGGAAUCAUGCCUCAACUUCAGCACCAACUCUCUUCACUCCUUCAACUCGCCCAAAAUGAAUCUCCAAUUUUUCAACAUCUGAGGGUGAUGGUUAUACAAGAGAUGAUUUACUUGAUUCAUGUAACUGAAAUAACUGAAUUUCUUGAUUCAAGUUUGGAUUCGAAAUUGGUCUUUGCUGACCUCGAACACGAAUCUCCAAAGUUGAUAACAGAAAUAGAAAAAAGUCAAUUAGGGAUGCAGUUGGUUUCGAUUCAGAAGCUGUUUUCAACGUUUUUUUCUUCUUACGGGGAGGCAAAGUUGGUGGAUGAUGCUAACUCUUCUGCUCAUUGUUCUGAAUCUUCUUCUACUGAGUGUAUUGAUCUUAGUUAUUGUAUGGAAAACACUGACAUCUUAGUGCCAACAUUGAACGGAUGGCUUCUAGGAUAUCCAGUGGUGUAUCUAUUUGGGAAGGAUCAUAUUGCUGACGCCGUUUAUAAUCUUUCUACCAAAUAUCUUCACAUUUUCCAAGUGUUUGUCUGCAGAAAUAGUAAUCUCAAGAAAGGAAAUCAAGCUGAAGAAUUGUUGAGCUUUUCAGUGCCUUAUGAUUUAAGCACAAGAGGGAGUAAAGAACAAUGGGCAGAAGCUUUUUUAGCUCAAAUGCAGGCAAAAUGGGAAAGAUGUCCAAAUGUUUGGAAUUCUCUAAAAAUGGAGGUCAGUGAAUGUAAUCCUCAAGCAAUUGUGUUAUAGUUGUACACGGCUUCUAGGCAUAACAGAAUUUGAUUCCCAAAAACUACAUAAGAUGCUUCAAUAUCUGUAUGUACUCUUAAACAAAUGGAAAUAUUUAAGAGAAAACGACUUUCAUUUAUUGAAAAUGUAUUAUCUUGAUACUUCCCUCAUGGACCAUUUAUAAAAUUAGAAUUUAGAGUUUUGAACCAAA